GCAAUACAUACAUAUAUACGUAUAUAUAUAUAUAUAUAUACUCUAUAUUUUCGACCCUUGGUUCUAGCCCGAACCAAACCUUGAAAAUACUUCUCAAAUCUUCCCCUUCGAGAAAGGAAUCCAACGGAGAAAGAUUCGUUGAAAUCGGUCGUGAAACGAGGGAGAAAUCAGUCGCCGGAGUUUCACCGGAGUUGGUUUGACGUGAAAGUAAAGGAGGGGCUGAAGGCCUGAAGCUGCACCGCCGGACGGGCUUGCUGCAACACCGUCUCCCACCAGGUCCAGCGCCGAAUCCGUGCCGCUCUUCCGUUGGUGAUUAUCUAGAGAUCGGAUUAGAAGAGGAUAACUAGGAGCAUCAGGACUUAAGGUGCUGAAAUGGAUCUGAAAAACUUCGCGGGCUUCAUGAAGAAGUCAACGAAGGAGCCCAAAAAGAAGGAUGCGGGCGUCCAGAAGCCCCUCGAUGCACUCCCCAAGAAGGGUGGGGAACCUUCGGCUACUGCCCCUGCUGAUGUUGCUGCUAAGAGGAAGCCGGUAGGCAAAGGCCCAGUUCCCGAAGGGAAGAAACCCCGGAGAGGGGAUGCUGAGAAGAAAACCCCCCUGGUUGUGGUCGUGGGGGAGGACUCUGCCUCCGGGCUUCAUGUUGUGGCGGAGACGACUGCCUCUGGCCUCCCUUCGGCACAGAGGGGAGAGGGGGGCUUACCCCGGGAGGACAUACCUUCUUCCCUUCUGAAGGGGACCAUGGAUCCGAUAGAGUUCCUUCGGGGUGCUACUCCCUCGUUCGAUAGGGCCACCCUCGGCAGGCUUGAGGACGAAGCCCUCGAGUCCAAGAUCCUCCGAUCUUCCCUCACUACUUGUAUCGCCCUCGGUGAGCAGGCUCGAAAGCUAGAGGAGUGGCACCUUCAGAAAGCCCUGGAUGCUGAGAAGGUGAAAAAGCUGAUUCAUGACAACCAUGACGCUGUGAGGCGGAUGGCCCAGCUGGAGGAGGACCUUCGACAAGUGAGGGAGGAGGCCGAAAGAGCCAGAAAGGAGAAAGCCGAAGCUGCCAAGGUUGCUGCUGAGGCCGCACAGAAAGCCGCUGACGAGGCCGAGGCUGAAAAAGCGGAAGCUGUUGUCAAAGCCCGGGAGGACGCUGUUGCCGCCUUUCAUGCUGAGGGGUGGAAAGCUGAGGGCGAGGAGGAAUGGGUUGACUCGGUUGUUGCGGCCUCGGUGGAUGCCUUGGUUAAGGGCCCCGGGAUUGAGUGGAUGGCCCAGAAGGGCAAGAGUUACUACGAGUGCGGUGAGUAUUUCACCCAAGCCCUCGUUUACCGGAGGCUCGCCAGGCACUUCCAAGUUGAUCCGGAGAAGUUUGACCCUGCGACAUAUGGCCUCCCCCUCUGCAACCAGACAUUCGUGUUCCCCUCCCCCCGGGCGAAGAGAGGUCGGUUCUACAAGACACAGUCCUAAUGGCGGAGGCACCAAGUGAUGAUGAUGAAGGGACCGAGGGGGAUGUUUCCUCUAAGCCUGCCGAGGGGGUCUCUGUUGAAAUUGUUGAUGAUGUCGUGGUUGUAUGAUUUGAACACCUUUUGUAUAAACAUCUAUGUAACUUUCGGCUUCGGCCAUGAUUGCCAG